GAAGACGGCCUACGUGUUGUGCUACAAUGGCGAAACCUCGUAAGGAUAAAGAGGCAAAAGGUGUCCGAUAUGCGCGUGAUAAUCUGGAAGAGUCUGAGAGUAGUUGUCCAGAUACGUCACGCGAAAGUGACCAGAGAUCGGAAGAGAAAGAUGGUGAAGUUGGGGAUCGUAGUUCGACUAAGACUGGAGAGAUUUGCUUUCGGAUUUCGAACGAAGCGUCAGACCUGGAAAAUUAUCGGGCCUCUGUUUCACGAUAUUCGAGAAGUGGACUUGAAAACAAGGCUACAAACAAGCGGAAAUCGGGGAAAAUUCGAAAUCGAAUCAAGAUGCUUGCAAUUUACGUGUUGUCCCUGAUCCUUCAUGAUGUCCAACUUCCAAGCUCCUACAUCAUGGAGGAACCGAAUCCAAAGCCAAUGGGCAGAAACGCACACGCAACUUUAGUAUUGAAUUCGCUGCAAGAGAGAUUUCCUCAGCAACACUCCGCAACCUGGAGUGUCAUGAACAGAACGCUGUGGAGUUAUUUACUAAAGGACAGUGAUGCCAACGCUCGGAAAUUACCGUGGCCCAUUUUGUUGGUUGGAGAGAACGGCGCGGUGGCCCAAUGUCUAGGUGAAGAAUUCGCCCGGGCCUUGAGUGAAGUGGAUUCCGUGAAUUUUGGCCAAAACAACGUUUUGGACUUUGGCAAAGGGGAUGAGGAAGCCUACGAGAGAAUUCGUCAGCAAAUGGUUCCCCGUAAUUUCAGCAAAGAGGCGUCAAUCGUGUUGGUGAAAAAUGUGGAUUCAGCGCGACAUCCCAAGCUCACUAAUGUGAUCAUGGCCCUGUCGGACACGACAGAGAACCCGUCGGAUUUCCGCGACACGGUGGCGUUUUUCACGUCAUCCCUGAACGUGGCCAGCACGGGCAGCAAGCGGGAUUUGCAUUUGGCGCAAAUUAUUGAAACUCUCCCGCAGCGUUGGGAUAAUCAGAGGCGGGAGAAUCAGGCCUGGGAAAGGUAUGCCAAGGAGGAAGCGAGAAGGGCACUUGAAAAUGCCUGGGAUUCGGCUGGAAUGAAGGCUGACGAGCGACUGCCAAGGGAGAAGAUUGGUCCAAUCCUGUCCAGGAUCGACCAACGCGUGGAUUCCGUGAAUUUUGGCCAAAACAACGUUUUGGACUUCGGCAAAGGGGAUGAGGAAGCCUACGAGAGAAUUCGUCAGCAAAUGGUUCCCCGUAAUUUCAGCAAAGAGGCGUCAAUCGUGUUGGUGAAAAAUGUGGAUUCAGCGCGACAUCCCAAGCUCACUAAUGUGAUCAUGGCCCUGUCGGACACGACAGAGAACCCGUCGGAUUUCCGCGACACGGUGGCGUUUUUCACGUCAUCCCUGAACGUGGCCAGCACGGGCAGCAAGCGGGAUUUGCAUUUGGCGCAAAUUAUUGAAACUCUCCCGCAGCGUUGGGAUAAUCAGAGGCGGGAGAAUCAGGCCUGGGAAAGGUAUGCCAAGGAGGAAGCGAGAAGGGCACUUGAAAAUGCCUGGGAUUCGGCUGGAAUGAAGGCUGACGAGCGACUGCCAAGGGAGAAGAUUGGUCCAAUCCUGUCCAGGAUCGACCAACGCGACUACGGACUGGUGUAUCUACAAGAAAAUGCCCACGACGACAACAUUUGGACGUGCUCAUGGGGCGGACCUCCCGAUCCGGCUGAUCCACCUCAAGACGAGCCAAUACCAGUGCCGAACGAGAGCAGUCGAGUGGGCGAGAGUUCGACGGAGGCGGGAGACGGCGAAAAUCCCGUCGAUCAGAGUGGUGGUGGCACAGGUGACGCGGACGUGCCACCGGCGCCCACCUGCAGCUUCGUAGUGACCGGAUCUCUCGACGACAAGGUCAAGAUUUGGGAUUGGGAAGAAGAGCAAUUGAAGCUGCGACACAUGUUUGAAGGACACUAUUUGGGCAUUGUGUCUGUCGACGUGGCGCCGAACCGGAAAUUGGUGGCGUCGAGUUCAAUGGACAGCUUUAUCCGGUUGUGGGAUCCCGCGACGGGGAUGUUGAAGAAGACGAUCGAUGCGUCCCCGAUGGAUUCGUGGACGGUGGCCUUUUCCCCGGAUUCGAAGCACCUGGCCUCGGGCAACAUUCAUGGCAAAAUUAUCCUGUAUGAAGUGGACACUGGGAAGUCCGUCAAAUGCUUUGAGACGCGAGGAAAGUUCGCCCUUAGCAUAGCUUUCAGUCCAGAUGGGAAAUACAUCGCGAGCGGUGCGAUUGAUGGAAUCAUCAAUAUAUUUGAUGUUACCACCGGCAAACUGGUUCACACCUUGGAAGGUCACGCAAUGGCGAUUCGCGCUCUGACAUUUUCCAAGAAUUCUGAAUUCCUCAUCACUGCGUCCGAAGAUGGGCAGAUGAAAAUUUACGAUGUUCAACACGCCCACUUGGCGAGCACCUUGUCAGGUCACGGCUCGUGGGUAUUGGGACUCGACUUUGCCCCGGACAACUUGUCGUUUGCAUCAUCGUCUGCGGAUCGGACAGUGAAGGUGUGGGACAUGAAGGAGCGCAAGUGUCUGCACACGUUCACGAAACACACGGACCAAGUGUGGGCUUGUCGCUACAACCAUGACGGCACCCGAAUCGUGUCUGUGUCCGACGACAAAAGCAUCAACGUGUUUUCCUGCGCAACCUUGUGA